AUGGUUGUUAAUGUUGGUGGUGGUGGCGGUGGCGCAGCAUCGUGUGAGAUGAAAAGUUUGGUUGGCAUUGUCGGUCAUGUAUCGGGUGCAUCGUGUGAGACGGAAAAUUUGGCUGAACUUGAGAAUGGCCAUGGGGCUCAAGUUCCUAAACUGUUUGGGGUUUCUAUUGGACCUAAACGAUGUUGGAUAGAGUGUGAGGCUGAAUCGGAGAGAGAGGAACGGGAACAAUAUCAAAUGCCAAUGCAAAUGCAUAUUCAAACACAAUCAUCUCAGGAACAUGAUCAGCAUCAAACGCCAAUGCAAAUGCAGAUGCAAACACAAUCCUCUCACGAACAUGAUCGAUGA